UAAUUUGGCGGUUUUCGUUCAUUUGAAUUUUCAGUUUUUCGUUGAAUAUUGACUGAGUACUUUUAUUGAAAAUGUCAACUUUGGGCGAUAUUACAAUUAUUGAGAAUCAAAUAUCUAAUGCUAAAUUAUCCGCUGUCAAAGCAUUGCAUUGUAUUUGUUACGGUGAUGAAGGCGAACCGCAUAAGGUCCGUAGAGCGCUACGUAAAUUUUCGGGUUUUGGAUGGGACAAUAACUCAGACGAUCACUUGACAAAAGUACAAGACGUUUAUAAACAACUAAGACUCCCAGACCUGAUAACCGUUUCCAAUAUGCUUGGCUUGGAUUAUAGUGGAACCGAUGACGUAAUUAUCGAUCGUAUAUGCUCAUUUUUAAUAAAAUUCGAAUAUGGCUUUGAACAAAAUGAUGAAUCGGAGAGAGAUGACGAAAAUGACGACGAGACGGAAAACACUGACGACGAGAAUGAAAACAGUGACGUAGAAAAAUAUUCCUCAAGACAUGACAAAUUCAAUAGACGAAAAAUUAUGAAAAAAGAGAGUUUUUCAUUGACUUUUCGAGACGUAGAAGAUAGUAUUAGGCCAUUUGACGGAAAAGAAGAUUAUCCAAUAGAAAAGUGGAUCGAGGAUUUCGAAGAAAUUGCAGAAGUGACGGGAUGGAAUGACUUGCAAAAGUUAAUAUUCGCAAAGAAAUCUUUGAAAGGUCUCGCGAAACUAUUUAUACAAUCUCAAAAAGGUAUUAGAACCUGGAGUAUUUUGAAGAGAAGAUUGAUUCAGGAGUUUGAAGUCAAUGUAAACAGUGCACAAAUUCAUAAAAUGUUGAUGUUUAGAAAGAAAAGAUAUGACGAGAAUGUGCAAGAAUAUGUAUUGAUCAUGAGGGAAAUAGCUAGUCGAGCCAAUAUAGAAAAUGAAGUUGUAAUACAAUACAUCAUAGACGGGAUACAAGACGAAUCAUCAAAUAAAAUUAUAUUGUAUGGUGCCAGAAACUUUCAAGAAUUCAAGGAAAAAGUGAAACUCUAUGAAACUAUUUCCAAGAAACAACCUGUAAGAAUUAUCAAACCUUUCAAAACGAUUAGAGACGAUAUGAGACCCGAGAAAAAACAUGAAUUUAAGAAGGAAUAUAGAGAUAAAAUUAGUUAUCAAAAUAGAAGUUAUAAGCAAGAACUAUGUUAUAAUUGUGGAACCCACGGUCAUAAAUCCAAAGAGUGUCCAGACAGAAGUAAAGGCGUGAAAUGUUUUAGUUGUAAGAAAUUUGGUCAUUUAUCAUCGAACUGUCCUGACAAAAUUUCACAACAAACUCAUACUCCUACUAAUGUUAAUACUAUGAAUAUAGUACCGCGAAAUGCAAUUAAAUUGACUUUUGACGAAAUUAAAUUACUAGCAUUAUUUGAUACCGGCAGUGAUAUAAGCGCCAUUAGACAAGACGUGUACGAAUUAUAUUUCAGAGACGAUUUGCUUUCGAAGGAUAAGAUCUUAGUUAAAGGAAUAGGAUCAAAUCGAGUCAAAACAUUAGGUUCAAUCAGGAAAAAUGUUGAAAUAGACGGCGAAGAAUUUGAUUUAUUGUUUUAUAUUUUACCCAAACAGGCUAUGGAUUUCCAAGUUAUAGUUGGAAAUAAUUUAUUGAAGCAAGCGGAAGUAAUCAUAAGAGAAGAAGGAAUAGUUGUACACAAAAUAGAAGAAAAAUUAUUGAUGAGUAUCAGAGUUGAGGAGAGCGUAGUAAACGAUGAGAUUCAUUUGACGUACAUAGACGAUGGAAAAUUCAGAAAGUUAGAAAAACGAAUUAUUGGAGAUGUUAAGUCAAAAAAGACGAUGUUUACUAAUUUUGAAGUAAACAGAGAUGAAGAACCGAUAUGCAUAAAACCGGAAAAGGAACAUGAAGAAAAACCACUUGACGAAAAUGGAUUGUUAGAGAGAGUGAAAAUAGCUCAAGGGAAUAAGAUGAGAAAAAAGGAAGAUAUUGUGCUAGCAGAACUUAUAGGAAAAGAAGUAAAGAAACAGUUUGACGAAGCCAGAGAAAAUUUGAGAGGAGAAUUUCAUAAGCAGCACUCAAUGAAAGUCGAAGAUAAAAAUCGGAAAAAUUAUAACGCAAAAAGGAGUAAAGCCGUAUUUUUCAAAGAAGGUGACCUAGUUUCGAUUAGAAGAACUGAAUUUCGAGCAGGAUUAAAAGUGCAUAAGACAUUUUUAGGACCAUACGAAGUGAUCAAAGUGAAGAGAAAUGACAGAUAUGACGUAGUUAAGAUAGGAAACCACGAAGGACCCAUUCGGACAUCGACUUGUUCGGAGUAUAUGAAGCCUUGGAUACAAUAUGAAUCCGAGUCGGAUUCUCAGUAGGAUGGCCGAGUGUGGGAUCCAAAUUCUUAAAACCCGACUGAAUGAUACGCUACUGACUUUACGAAACGAGAACUACACGAUCGACCCUAAAAGGUUGCCCUAUGCAGAUUUAUCGAUAUAGGAAGACGUAAGGGGAAUAGGUACUUGAAACUUAAGGACUGAGGUACGAUACUGGAACGAGAGGGAAUUCGACGUAAGAUAGUAGACGGACAUAGUUAGGAUUCGACGUUAGAGACGAGACGGGAAAGGUUAAAUAAUUCGACGUGAUAGACGCAUAGAAUUCGACGUAAAAUAGUACGCAGCGAGUAAGAUAAUUCGACGUUAGAUAUAGACGGAUCAACGCGAAUAAUCAGACAAUUAGACGAUAGACGAAAGUUCAGUGGCUGUACAUUCAAUUGACGUUGAAU